UGAGUGUCGGCUCCCAACUAAACCUCUCUGUCUCACCAUUUUUAUCCAUCUCCUAUUCCUCAGAAUCCUCUGCUGGUACCGUUUGAGUCUGCGAGAUGGAUCGUACACUCCAUGAAGCAGCUGUUAGUGGGGACGUUUUGACCUUUCUCAAUCUUGUUGGAGAAAAUGAUGAGAAUCUUAUCGAACAAAGCACGUACAACUCCAUGAACACUGUGUUACACUUAGCUUCAAGAUUUGGGCACAGCCAAUUAGUACAGGAAAUCAUCAAGUUAAGAUGGGAACUGGUUUUGAAGGAGAAUGAAAAUAUGGAAACUCCAUUACAUGAAGCAUGUAGAGGAGGGCAUCUAGAUGUUGCCAAGAUUUUAUUAGAGACUGAUCCUUCUGUGGUUUCCAAAGUUAACCGGGAAUAUGAGAGUGUCUUAUUUGUUGCAUGUGAACGUGGGAGAGUGGAGAUUGUGAAGCAUCUAUUGAUGAAUUAUGCAUGGUUGAUUGGAUUGGAAGAAGAUGGAUUAACAACUUCGUUGCAUGUUGCGGCUGCCGGAGGUCAUUUAGAAAUUGUCAAGGAAAUAUUACAAGUUCAACCAGCAUUUGCAUGGAAAAGGGAUUCACAAGGAUGCUCACCCUUGCACAUAGCUUGUAGCAAAGGACAUCUAGGCAUAACAAGAGAAAUCCUGAAGGUGGAUGAAGACCUUUCUUCAUUACAGGAUAAUGAAGGAAGAACUCCACUUCAUUGGUCUGCAAUCAAAGGUCGAGUUAAUAUCAUUGAUGAAAUCAUCUCAACGAGUCUUCAAUCGGCUGAGAUGAUAACGACAUCAGGCGAAACUGUCUUACAUUUAGGUGUGAAGAAUAACCAAUUCGAUGCGAUUAAGUACUUGGUUGAAACCUUAAACAUCACCAACAUGGUUAACUUACCCGACAAUGAUGGCAACACCAUUUUACAUAUCGCGUCGGCUGCCAAACUCACCACUAUGGUUACAUACCUGGUAAACAAGUCAGGUGUUGAUGUAAAUGCUCUUAAUCGAAGGGGAUUCACACCUCUAGAUGUCGUUGAAAAAGAUGUGAGCAACUCAGGUGCGCUGCUGCUUAUUCCAACGUUAAAAGAGGCUGGAGCCAAAAACAGCGAUGAAUUGCCAACAAAAUCACCUGAAAUACGACGAGUUAAUAAUACAGUUUCUGCAAGAUCAAUUGAGAAAAUUUUCAGAGCACCAUCUUGGUGGUCAAAGAAAACUCUUGAUUCUUCACCUAAAACUCAUCACAAGAGAAAGUGUCACACUCACAGAAGAGAAAAGCAACUUGCACUCCACAAUGAAGGUAUUCUGAAUGCUCGAAACACAGUAACUCUGGUGGCUGUUCUAAUAGCAACUGUAACAUUUGCUGCUGGAAUCAAUCCCCCAGGAGGCGUAUACCAAGACGGUGUUUUGAUGGGAAAGGCAAUUAUGGGGAAGACAACUCCUUUCAAGGUCUUCAUGUUCUGCAACAAUGUGGCUUUGUUUUCAUCAAUCGGAAUCGCUAUUGUUCUUGUUAGUGUCAUCCCUUUUCGGCGUAAAACAAUGAUGAAACUGUUGGUUGUGACACACAAAAUCAUGUGGGUUUCUGCUUCAUUCAUGGCAGCCGCUUAUAUUGCAGCAGCGUUUGUUAUUACAAGGAAGGGAAAGGGAUCAAAUUGGAUGUUGGUCUCUGUGGUAUCAAUUGGAGCAGGAUCUCUGUUGUCUAUUUCUAUGGGUCUUGGGGUUAUUUUGGUACAACACUGGCUCAGAAAAUGGGAGUGGAGAAGAUUGAGGGAGAAGAGAAAAGAAACUCCAAACAGUAGUGUAAGUAGUCAGUUGCGCAACACCAGGAAAAUGCGUAGUCCCCACUCUACCAACUCUGACGUAGACAGCUCCGAAAGCCAAGGAUUCAUGGUUUACUGAGUGGGUGAACCUGCAAAACCGUGAGACACAGUUUAGUUAGAUAAAUAGCUGUAUAACCUAUAGAUCUACGAUAUCUUGAAGUCCUCUUCUUGUAUUUCACUGCCACAAUAGAGUACCCUAUGCAGAUAUAUUUUGCUAAUCAGUUUAAUGGUUUAGUUUCGUACAACCUACUGUGGAAGAGUCAAAUUUGUGUACAUUCAGAUACAAUAAGAUAUUGACGCAAGUAACAAAAGAUAACAAUAUAUAUAAAAGUAUAAAGAAAAGCAUUUUA